AUGUCGUCCCGAGAGAGUUUCAACAUAGGCUGGGUUUGCGCUCUCCAAGAGGAAUAUGAGGCCGCAUGUGCUAUGCUAGACGAAGAGAUCGAAGGCCCAAAAUAUCAAGAGCCAGGCGAUAACAACACAUACUGCUUUGGUCGCAUCGGCGGGCACCGUAUUGUUAUCGGAUCCCUUCCUUCAGGUCGCUACGGCGUCACGGCGGCUGCUCGUGUUGCGACGGACAUGACACGUACUUUUUACAAGUUACGACUUGUCUUAAUGGUUGGCAUAGCAGGGGGUGCCCCUACUUCAGAACAGGACAUCCGUCUCGGCGAUGUUGUCGUCAGUGUGCCUUAUAAGAACAUUGGGGGAGUUGUCCAGUUCGAUAUGGGGAAACAAAUUGAUGGCAGAUUUCAACGAACUGGCCAUCUGAAUUCUCCUCCGGCCCAAAUACUCAACAUCCUUCCAGAAAUUAAGCGAAGACAUCAAUUUCCUGACCAAUAUGGAGGCGUGGAUGAACAUCUGAAGAGAUUCAACAACGACCCUCGCUUCCACCGACCUGAUGUAGAUCGGUUAUUCCGCUCUGAUAGCAAACACACAGGUGGAAAAUCUUGUGCAGGAUGCGACUUGAGCGAGCUCGUUGCGCGUCCGCCUCGCACAUCGUCCAGAGCCAUUGAUGUCUUUUAUGGCACAAUCGCAUCCUCCAACACGCUCAUGAAAGACGCUAGAGCAAGGGACUCUUACGCUCAUGACCCGGAGCUGAAAGUACUCUGCUUCGAGAUGGAAGCUGCGGGCCUUAUGAAUGACUCCCCCUGUCUUGUGAUCCGGGGCAUUUGCGACUAUUGCGACUUGCACAAGAAUGAUGAGUGGCAUUAUUAUGCAGCAGCAACAGCAGCAGCAUAUGCUCGAGAACUCCUUUCCGUAAUUGAGCUUUGA